AUGAAGCCUGUCGUAUCUUUGAUGAACGCUUGGUCCUGCGUGGUCAUCUCUCUCUUCGCCAUCAUCAUCCUCUCGGUCCUGGGAUCACUAUUCCAAAGGGAACACCACGGCUUCACGGGCGGCGAAGACGAGCCGGAGAAUGGCGCCGCAGUCGCAGCCUCUAUCUACACCGCUGUCCUUGUCUACGCUGCGUUCUUCAUUUUCUGUGCCUUCCAGGCCUACCUGCAUACGAGAAGCCGCAGGGGCGGAGCCAUAUCUUUGAGCUAA